AUACCAAUCGAAGCAAAUUAAAGGAGAGGGAACAUAAACCCUAUAAUAGAGAAUUAACAGCACCACCACCAGUGUUCCUUCUUUCUCCUGGAAAUGGUGGGUUCACUACUUUACUCUCUCUGGUCCACCGCCGCAAGGAAAUCCAUUUAUUCUUCUUCCUCCAAGUAUCUGAAGCCCUUUGCACUUCCACGAACUGCAGCAGCCUUCUCCACCUCGACCACCGCAGCUGCCGCAUCUCCGUCCGUUUUAUUUGACAGUCCAGGCGGCGUUGUUGAUCCCAAUCGGCUUCGGAAUGUGGCUGUAAUAGCUCAUGUUGACCAUGGGAAAACAACUCUCAUGGAUCGGCUCCUGCGCCAGUGCGGCGCCGAUAUUCCACACGAGCGAGCCCUAGAUUCUAUCAGCCUCGAGCGCGAGCGAGGCAUCACUAUCUCCUCUAAGGUUACAGGUAUAUCAUGGAAAGAGCAUGAGCUAAACAUGGUCGACACUCCUGGACAUGCUGAUUUUGGUGGUGAGGUUGAACGAGUUGUGGGCAUGGUUGAGGGAGCAGUUUUAGUUGUUGAUGCUGGUGAAGGUCCCUUGGCACAGACAAAAUUUGUUCUUGCUAAGGCCUUAAAAUAUGGUCUACGCCCUCUACUUCUUCUAAAUAAAGUAGACCGCCCUUCAGUUACCGAAGAAAGGUGCAAUGAAGUCGAGAGCUUGGUGUUUGAUCUUUUUGCCAAUCUUGGUGCCACAGAGGAACAAUUAGAAUUUCCUGUUCUCUAUGCUUCUGCAAAGGAAGGAUGGGCCUCAUCCACGUAUACAAAAAAUCCUCCUGACGAUGCAAAGAAUAUGUCAGAGUUGCUUGAUGCAAUCGUAAGACACGUUCAUCCGCCAACUGCCAGCCUGGAUGCACCUUUUCAGAUGCUGGUGUCCAUGAUGGAAAGAGAUAAUUAUGUUGGCCGAAUUCUAACCGGUCGUAUCUAUUCUGGAAUUUUGCAAGUUGGUGAUAAAGUGCAUGGACUUAACAGUACAGAUACUGGUGUUGUCAAAAUUGAAGAGGGGAAGGUUGUCAAACUGAUGAAAAAGAAGGGCACAACUAUAAUUUCAGUUGAUACUGCUGGUGCUGGUGAUAUAGUAUCUAUGGCUGGGUUAAACAGUCCUGCAAUAGGACAUACAAUAGCAAGUGUUGAGGUCAUGACUGCUCUGCCAACUGUUGUACUCGAUCCACCAACCAUUUCAAUGACUUUCGGCGUGAAUGACUCACCAUUGGCUGGUCGAGAUGGUAUUUAUUUGACUGGAAGGCAAAUUGGUGAUCGUCUUAUGGCUGAAGCUGAAAGAAAUCUUGCAAUAAAUGUGCUUCCUAGCAUGUCAGAAUCUUAUGAAGUUCUAGGGCGGGGAGAGCUUCAAUUGGGGAUCUUAAUUGAGAACAUGAGGCGUGAAAAAUUUGAGCUUUCUGUAUCACCUCCUAGAGUCAUGUAUAAAACCGAGAAAGGCCAAAAGCUGGAGCCAAUUGAAGAAGUGACUGUUGAGGUAAACGAAGAGCAUGUGGGUUUAGUUAUGGAAGCUCUGUCUCACAGGCGAGGAGAGAUUACUGACAUGGGUCCAGUCCCUGGCCAUGUUGGUAGAACUCGACUUUGUCUGACUUGUCCUUCUAGGGGUUUGGUUGGUUACAGAAGUGUGUUCAACAGCGUUACACGAGGCACUGGAUUUAUGCAUCGUGCCUUCCUAUCUUACGAGAAAUAUCGAGGUCCUCUUGGAAAUGUCAGGAAAGGAGUACUGGUUUCGAUGGGAUUUGGGACUAUCACUGCUCACGCAUUGAUGAGUUUAGAAGCUCGUGGAAUGCUUUUUGUCAAACCUGGAAUGGAGGCAUAUGAUGGCAUGAUUAUUGGUGAACAUUCUCGAGAUUCAGAUCUCGACGUUAAUCCAGUGCGAACUAAAGAGCUGAACAAUAUCCGUGCUGCCUCCAAGGAUGAAAAUGUGAAGCUAACUCCUCCUCGCCUUAUAAAUCUUGAGGAAGCAAUAGGGUAUGUUGCACCUGAUGAGCUGAUUGAGGUUACUCCAAAUGCUAUUCGAUUGAGGAAGAAAUACAUGGAUGUUAAUAAGCGGAAAACAAUGAGCAAAAAACCGAGGGAGUGAGUCAGCCUCACCUUCUUUCAUUAUGUUUCACUCGCACUCUCCUCGAGCAGUAUACAACUUUGAUGACUUCACACAGAGUCGCCGUUAAUGAUUAAUACAUUAGUCACACAGUUAUAUGUAUAAUAUAUUCUUUUACAUAUCAUCAUUUUUAUGAACUGAUAAGCAUAUACAUCAUAUAUGGAAUAAGGUAAAGAUUACACAAAACGCUUUUGCAGCUCGUUAUUUAUUUAUUUUAUUUGAUGUUUUAGAACUUUUUGCACAUGUAAUAAGAAAAUUAUAAUUUUUUUUA